CCAUGAGUAAACUCAAAAAAUGUGAAAUGAAUGCUUUAAAUAAAAGGCAAAACCAAACAUCAAAAAAAUAAUAAUAAUAAAAGGCAAAACUGGCGGGAAACACAUGAAGAAGCUGAAGGAAUUUUCCAGAAACAAAAACAAAUUAAAAUCAGCCUAGAUUUAUUGGGUCUAUCUCAGUCGUAGAACAAGAAUCCUCUGUUUCUCUUUCGUACUUCAAAAAACUCUGCGCAUUAUUGGGUUGAUCACAUUUUGAUUUUAGUAGGUUUUUCUAGUUAAUUUUGUGGUGGUUGUUCUUGUUCAAUGUCACGGUGCUUGCCGUUUCCUCCACCGGGGUAUGCCCGGAACGGUGUCACCGGCGAGGCUCUUCUACAACUAAUUAAGGUCAGGAGAGAAGAAGCGAAGGCUGAAAGGAAAAGGAAGAAAAAGGAAAGGAGGAGAAAGAGGAUGGAAGAAUUGGAGGAAGGAGAGAUUUUGCAGAAAAAGCACAAGAGGAGCAAGAAAAGCCAAAUAGAACUUGAAACACUGGCAUUGGCGAGGAGUUGUGUCAUUGAAGAUCUUAGGCAACCUAUGUUUGUCUGUCCAUUUGACUCUUAUGGCAACAGCCAAAGCACUGGAUGGAAUAACCACAGCUGGUACGGCUAUGGCUGCCACAGUCAUGGAAGCACUGCUUGGGUUGAUUUCCAUAUGGUUUCAUCAUCCAUCUAUUCUGAAGGCAGUUUGAAGCACAGAGAAUCACAAUUUGGAGAGCACUGGAUUCCUGAUCCCCUGCAGGUUGCAGACUUUGAGUUUGAAGAUCAAAACUGGCUUUUUAGAAGGAAGCAGCCUAAUUACAUGAGGGAGGCAUCUAAUACAAGGAGUUUUGGUUCGUGUCAUGGAAACUUGACUCUUUACCCACAUGCCAAGUACUUCUCCCAUGCUGAUAUUUAUGCUUAUCCAUAUGCAAUACCAUACUAAAACUGUCACUAGGAACAUAUCAGCAGUAUAUAAGUUUAAGAUGAUUUCAGUUGCUACGUUUAGUCCUGUUCCUUUGAUUCUCAUAAUUGCGUCUAUAAUCAGAAUGAGAAAGGUUUUACAGUAUACACCCCAUGGAAUAUGUUCUGCUUUAGGAUUUGUAAUAAUCUGUCCAUAUAUAGGAAUUAAUCUUGUUGUAGCUUUGUUUCAACUAUUAAUAUCAACUGUCCUGUUUUUUUCCUACUCUUUGAGUGAUUCCUUCCGUUCAUAACUUUGUGCAACAAACAAUGAGAUCGUUA